AGACACCUGCUCCAUACUCUCAUUACAGCUAUUACCAGCCAAAUUGUCCUAUGGGCUUUUUGUAUCCGGGAAACCAAAACCAGGACUGGCAAAGUGGAGAAAACCAGGACACCAAGAAGAAUGAUGUCAACCUGGACAGAGUGUUCCAGAUAGUUGAUGAACUGCAAGCAUCCCCCAAAAUACACAUGGUCAAAGUGGAGACCCCAGAGAAGCAGCCUCCCUCUUCGCCUGGAGACCAGCCGGUGAGCUCCAUCCACAGCUGUGUCUCCUCACACUUUGACACCUCACUCAGUUCCAGCUCCAUGCCAGUAGCCAUGGAGGCCAACUCAAUGACUCCACACGGGCCCAUCAUUAUUGCAGUCUCAGGGAAUGUCCCACAGGGAACAGUGAGUGGCCCUGCAGGUGAGCCAGAGGAAGUGGAGACACAGCCUUUCACUCUAGAAUCCAAGACAACCCAUGUGGAGGCCUAUCACAAGGAGGAAGAGUGCAGCAGCUCUGAGGUGGAGGAAACAGAGCUCCUAGACAUAGAGGUCACCAACAGUUUGCACGAUGCCAGCGUCACGCAGGACAGCAUUAGCACCAGGAAGCUAACUAAAUCUCCAGAUCUCAACAUGUUGGUUGAAGUGGCGUGUAAGCAGGAAUUUGACCUGUCUCAGUGUCGCUGACGUUCUCAGUUCUGCUCAGACUAAGGAGAGUUUCUCAGACA